ACAGAGCCCUUAGCUCCAGCGCUUUCCCGUGCGCUGCUAAGACUUUAUCGUCCCCUCAAGGGUAAACGUGGGAGGUAAAGAGACCUUCCGCUGCGUGAAGCCGGUUCGACCCGGAAACAAAAUCUUUUUAAAAACUAUUCACAGUCUGCGGGGGCGGGAGGAAUUGAAGUGUCGAGAAGACUGGACGGCUUCGCAGGUUGCUAAGCGACGAGGUGGGAGAGCGCGCGCACGCACUAGCCGCUGAGGAGUACCUGAAGGAUCCGUGACGCUGCAGCUCCGACACCUGGGCGACCGAGCGAACGCGUCGCGUCCUCACGGGUCCGUCUUCACCGCCCCGGUAGUGUCCAGUGACGCGGUGAGGGGUUUGAAGGGACGCCCCCUCAGAGGCGGCCGGGGGCCCCACAUCUUACCCACUCCGGAGGCAGGACAGAGAUUCCUUCUGCCAUCAGAUGUCUUUCUGCUUGACUGAACUGCACCUGUGGUCUUUGAAGAAUACCUUACACAUUGGGGAUAGAGACAUCGGGAUCUACCAGUAUUAUGACAAGAAAGAGCCACCAGCAACAGAGCAUGGUAACUUAGAAGAAAAGCAGAAGCUGGCAGAAUCACGAGAUUUUCCAUGGACGCUCAAAAACAGACGCCCAGAAAAACUUCGAGACUCACUCAAGGAGUUGGAGGAGCUGAUGCAAAAUAGUCAGUGUGUGCUGAGCAAAUGGAAGAACAAAUAUGUCUGUCAGCUUCUCUUUGGUUCAGGUGUGCUGGUGUCCUUAAGCCUUUCCGGGCCGCAGCUGGAGAAAGUGGUGAUUGACAGAAGCCUGGUGGGGAAGCUCAUCUCAGACACCAUCAGUGAUGCUCUUCUCACAGACAGCUUUAUCAUCUUAUCAUUUUUGGCACAAAACAAACUAUGUUUUAUUCAGUUUACCAAGAAGAUGGGUUCUCCUGAUAUAAACAAAAGACUGGAAAAACUCUCAGCCUUGGAUUAUAAGAUUUCCUAUUAUGAAAUCCCUGGCCCAGUAAACAGGACAACACAGCGUCGUCUAGCUAUCAAUUGUGUUCAAGAUAUAGUUGUUUGCUGGUGGCCACUGGUCAGUGAUGAUGCUUGGCCUUGGGCCCCCAUUUCUUCUGAGAAAGACAGAGCCAAUCUGCUGCUCCUGGGUUAUGCUCAAGGAAGACUGGAGGUUCUGAGUUCUGUACGCACGGAAUGGGAUCCACUGGAUGUUCGCUUUGGCACCAAACAGCCUUAUCAGGUGUUGACAGUGGAGUGCUCCAUCAGUGUAGACAAAGAGCCCAUGGCUGACAGUUGCAUCUAUGAAUGUGUUCGGCACAAAAUCCAGUGUGUAUCAGUCACCAGAAUACCACUAAGAUCGAAGGCCAUUAGCUGUUGCAGGAAUGUUACUGAAGACAAACUGAUUCUGGGCUGUGAAGAUUCUUCAGUAAUUCUUUAUGAAACUCACCGUAGAGUGACUGUCUUAGCUCAGGCUGAACUUCUGCCUUCAUUAAUAAGCUGCCACCCAAGUGGUGCCAUUCUGCUAGUUGGCAGUAACCAAGGGGAGCUGCAAAUUUUUGAUAUGGCUCUUUCUCCUAUUAACAUCCAGCUUGUGGCUGAAGACCGCUCACCUAGGGAGACUCUACAAUUCAAAAAAUUCUUUGAUGUUUCUAGCAGUCUUGUUCAAAUGCAGUGGAUAGCUCCGCAGGUUGUUUCUAAGAAGCCUGAAAGUGGGGACAUCUAUGAUCUCCUCUUCCUCAGGUUUGACAGAGGACCUUUGGGUGUACUUCUGUUUAAACUUGGUAUCUUCACACAAGGACAGCUGGGCCUGGUAGACAUCAUCUUCCAGUACAUUCACUGUGAUGAGAUCUGUGAGGCAAUAAACAUCCUGAGUAGUAUGAACUGGGACACUCUGGGCUACCAGUGCUUUAUCAGCAUGACUGCCAUCGUAAACCAUCUUCUUAGACAAAAGCUCACUCCAGAGAGAGAAGCACAGCUUGAGGCAAGCCUUGGAACCUUUUAUGCUCCAACAAGACCACUCCUGGAUACAACUAUAUUGGAAUACAGGGACCAAAUCAGCAAAUAUGCAAGGAGAUUCUUCCACCACUUACUCAGGUACCAGAGAUUUGAAAAGGCAUUUCUGUUAGCUGUUGACAUUGGUGCUCGUGACCUGUUUAUGGACAUCCAUUACCUUGCACUAGAUAAGGGCGAAUUGGCACUAGCUGAAGUGGCAAGAAAGAGAGCUAGUGACAUUGAUGCAGAAUCAAUAACCUCUGGAGUUGAACUCCUGGGGCCUUUGGACAGAGGGGAUAUGCUAAAUGAAGCUUUUGUUGGCCUAUCUUUAGCACCUCAAGGAGAAGACAUAUUUCCAGAUAACCUCCCUCCCUUUUGUUCAAUCUACAGACAUAUUAUUCAACAAAGAACACUGAAUGUCUCUGCUGACACAAGGAGAAAUGAGAGAAGAUGGCAUAGGACAGGAAAUCAGAGAUGGUGGUUCUCUCAGAAUGGUUCACUUCGGUUUGGUAUAAAUAAGGAACUUGUUUUUUAUUUUUAAAAAACC